UUUAAUAAGAACCAGAGAAGUCAAUUAAAUUGUUUAGUAGUAUUUAAUAAAGUUACUUUUAAAACGUCAAUUUUGAUGGCAUUGGAUUAACCAGUGCAAAGAAAUAUGAUAAAAAUUGACCAAUCCAGUUUGUGUCAAUUUGUUGUUAGAUAACCUCGGGGAGUCCUUACUCAUUCGAUUCCUCAAGUUCUCUUUCAACUUUAUUGUUUAUAUUGGCUCGUUCCUCUCUUUAAUUGACGUCCGACCUAGUUCUUUUAAAUGAUAGGUGAUUUAGAUCCAAAUUGCAGAUAAUUCUUUAGUAGUAAUGCAUUGGUCAGAAGCAAGAGAUAUCAUUCGGAAAUGGAGAGAAGAGAAUGCUCGCAAUAGCAUAGAACUGGUUGAAUUAUGGGAGGAUAUUUUAAAGCCAAAAGCCUACAAGUUAGGCGACGAACAUUACCUGGUAUUAGAGCAAGUGUGCACAGCAGCGUUUGAUUGUAAUCGCCUAGAUGUUGCAACUGACUGUUUACAAGUGCUUUCAUCAAAAUUCCCUGGAAGCGUGAGGAUAGCUCUUUUGCAAGUUCUUCAUUUAGAAGCACUGGAGAGAUAUGACGACGCAUUGAAUCUUGUGGACUCAAUUAUAAAGAGGGACGAGACUAAUGCUGCCCCUAGGAAGAGGAGAGUUGCUAUUCUGAAAGCUCAAGGUAAAACAGUGGAAGCAAUUAAAGAUCUCUCAGAAUAUUUGAAAGUUUUUAUGGUUGACCAAGAGGCAUGGCAAGAACUGUGUGAACUUUACCUCUGCGAGCAGGAGUACGGAAAGGCUGCUUUUUGCAUGGAGGAGCUCCUCCUCCACAACCCACACAACCACCUCUAUCACCAACGCCUCGCUGAAAUAAAGUAUACUCAGGGUGGUUUUGAGAAUAUGGACAUUGCUAGACUUUAUUUUUGCCAGUCUUAUAAACUAAAUCCUAAAAAUAUUCGCUCUCUUUAUGGAAUAUUCCUUAGUUCUGCUAAUGUCGCAGCAUCUCAGAAGUGUACCUCAUCAAAAAAAAAAGAGGCAAACCAAUUAAGUGUCUGGGCUUUGAAGCAAAUAAACGAGAGGUAUCGUGAUGCUAGAGGAAAAAAUGAUGAGGCUCUUGACUCAUUAGAGAAUAAUUUGGGUUUACUGCACCUCAACUCAACUACAUCGUGAUGUUAACAAAAACAUUUAUUUGUUUAUUUUUUUUUUUCCUUUUUGGACAUUUUAAAUUAUCAUUCAAUAUUUUAUUAUAUUAUUAUUUAUAUUUUAUUCUUGUUAUGUUACAUUUGUUAAUCUCUUGUAUAGCUUCAGUUUGUUUAAAAUUCUAUUGUUUCAUGUCAAUGCAUUGUGAAUUGUGAAGGUUUUUAUAAAUUCAAAUCCUUAAAAAUACAAAAAAAAGUUUAUAUAUAAAUGUUUUAAAUAUUAUGCGAAUAAAUAUUUGAAAUAAAAAAAAAAUCGUAAACAAUUUUAAAG